UCCUCAAGUAAGGUCCAAAAAUUGAUGACUUAGAUUUUUCGGAGGAGUUCUGAUUUUUCGGCAUAACGCUGAAAGCCCCCAUCGAUUUUGAUUCAGAAAGAUAAAGAAGAGAUGGGAAGCAUUAGCGGUGCUCUGACAUCGCAUUUGCAGCUCAGUCACUGCCGUUUCUCAGCUAUAACCUCUCACUCUCAGCUUGCUUCAGCUCGAAUUAGCCCAACGUCGAGAAGGUCGAAGUUGCGGUUCUCCAAUUUGCUCAGCCGUAGAAAUUUCAACAGAUUUGUGUGUUCUGCUGUCGAUGACGACGUAAGAGAGAAGCAGACAGAUUUGGGUGGUGGAAAUCGUUCCACCGUCGUCGAGGAUGUGCCAGAUAUCGCCGAAAGCUCAACAAAUGGGGCUCCAGAAAAGAGUGAUGUAUAUAACUUUCUGUAUCCCAGUAAAGAUCUACUUCCAGAUGAUAAAGAAAUGAGCGUGUUUGAUCAUCUUGAAGAACUACGUCAGAGGAUAUUUGUGUCAGUUUUGGCGGUGGGAGCUGCAAUUCUUGGAUGCUUUGCAUUUUCGAAAGAACUCGUCUUAAUUCUUGAAGCUCCAGUUAAGGAACAAGGUGUAAGGUUCCUGCAGCUUGGCCCUGGGGAGUUUUUCUUUACAACAUUGAAGGUAUCAGGAUACUGUGGCCUUCUCCUUGGAAGUCCUGUCAUCCUCUAUGAGAUUAUUGCGUUUGUUCUUCCAGGAUUGACAAGGGCAGAAAGACGGUUUCUUGGGCCUAUCGUCCUAGGCUCUUCUGUACUUUUUUAUGCAGGAAUUGCCUUCUCCUACAUAGUUUUGACACCAGCAGCUCUAAAUUUCUUUGUUAGUUAUGCUGAAGGAGCUGUUGAGUCCUUGUGGUCCAUAGAUCAAUACUUCGAAUUCGUUCUCGUCCUUAUGUUCAGUACAGGCUUGUCUUUCCAGGUUCCAGUAAUACAGAUUCUACUCGGACAACUUGGACUGGUCUCAGGAGACCAAAUGUUAUCGAUUUGGAGAUACGUUGUUGUUGGUGCAGUGGUGGCAGCUGCUGUACUCACACCAUCAACAGACCCCUUAACUCAGGUGCUUCUGGCGGCUCCCCUGCUGGGUCUUUACUUGGGGGGUGCCUGGGUGGUCAAGCUCUCAGGGCGAUAAAUUCAACCCUGGUUUGUCAGCACUGUGAGAAUUCUGUACAUUCAUGGAAUUCUAUUGUGUAGUGUAAUUGCAACACCAAUUAAUAGAAGGGAAUAUACGUUCCACGAAUCUUUCUAAACUACUCUGCUUGUCACUGUAAAAAUAGGUAAUUUUUUCUGUUAUGAAUUACACAAUAAUAGAAAUCUGUUUCUUUCA